ACACACCAAAAAGAAUCUCACUCCACUCCACUCCACUGCAAGCAACAAUACAAACACCACUCGAGCAUCCUAAGAUCGACCAGAGUCCUUCCUUCCUUUCACGUAGCCGGCCAUGGAGAAGGCGGCGGAGAACGUUGACGCCGGUGCGGCGGCGCAGCUGCAGCUGCAGCUGAAGCUGUUCGGGUCGUGGGCGAGCUCGUACACGCACCGCGUGCAGCUGGCCAUGCGGCUCAAGGGGCUCGCCUUCGAGUACGCGGAGGAGGACCUCGGUAACAAGAGCGACGCGCUGCUGCGCCACAACCCCGUCUAUAAGAAGGUCCCCGUGCUCGUCCACGACGGCCGCUCCCUCGCCGAGUCCGUCAUCAUCCUCCAGUACCUCGACGACGCCUUCCCGGCCUCCCGCCAGCUCCUCCCCGCUGACGCCUUCGACCGCGCCGUCGCUCGCUUCUGGUGCCACUUCGGCGACGACAAGCUUGGACCCGCGGUGGGGGCGGUGUUCGCGUCCACGGGGGAGGAGCAGGAGGCUGCGGUGCGGCAGGUGCACGAGAACCUGGCGCUGAUCGAGGCGGAGCUGCGGGAGGGGGCGUUCAAGGGCCGGCGUUUCUUCGGCGGCGACGAGGUCGGCUUCCUCGACGUCGUCCUGGGCUGCGGCUCCUACUGGCUGGCCGUCUUCGAGGAGGUCACCGGCGUGCAGCUGGUGGACGCCCAGGCGUUCCCGCUCUUCCACGCCUGGCUGCGCGACUUCGAGGCGCAGGACGAGGUGAGGGAGACCAUCCCCUCCAUCGACCGCCUCCUCGAGUACGCGCGCGGCCUCCGCCAGAUGCUGGUCGCCAUGGCCGCCGGCGCCGGCGCUGGCGCAGCCUCGGCCGAUGCCCCCACCGCCGCUCCGCCCGCCGCGGCGCCCCCGGCCGCCACCACGGCCGACAUCGCCGUUGACAUAUGACCAUAGGCUGUGCACGCGUUGAACUGUGGUUUGUGUCGGUCGGACGUCGUCGUAGCUACUAGCUAGUAUAGUUUCCCGUGUUGUGCGGUGCCGAGCAUGUGGCGAGCCGCCAUGAAUUGCGCUGCUACCACUAUAGUUAGUGGCGCAGUCUGGCUAGGUGUCGUUUAUUUCUUUCUCUUCUCUUUCUCUCAUUGUUAUGCGUUGUGUGUUUGUAACUGGGAAUCUUAUGUGUUUGCUUCCUAGCUUUCUUGUUUAGACAUAAUGCACGUGUGUGAGACUGGCAUUUUCGUUGGA